UUCCCCGAGGCAGCUUGGGGAUCACCGCCUUCUGCGACACGGGCGUCGUCCACGCGGGCCGGAGGUGUGGCCUUCGGUUUCCUGGAGUCCCGGUGAGGCGUUCGGUGACGCAGUUUCUGAGCGUGCCUAUCCCCAGGUCGCUGGAACGCGGGCUUUUCGGAUUUGAAAUCCCGAGCUGUUGUGAGUGUUGGCGUAGCGGCCGUGUCGCAGGAGACCCGCGUGUCGCCUCGGCCUGCGGCCUCUGUGGGCCUGAGGCUCAGCGAGCCCUGGGACAUUAGGCCCCUUGGCCCGGAGCCCGGCGCUCGCCCGGGCCUCGCUCUGGUCUUGCAGCCUUCACCGGGCUCGACCGCCCGUGCGCCGCCGCCCGCCCCUGCCGGCCUAAACAGGUUUCUUUGGACUCAUGCUGAAGUUGUGUCCUGAAACUUGUGUUGACUGAAUGGUCUAUUAAAAGAAUUUUUUUUUUUUUCUGCUGUCUUAUCAAGAUGACUGCAACACCCUUGAAGCAUUUAGGAAUUAAUUUGUUUUCAGAAACAUCUCAAAGAAGAAACAUACCUGUGGAUGCAGUUUUUAUUGACAACAUUCCUUCAGGCAUGCUUACGCCUAUGAAAGAUUUGGUGAAAUAUCAGAAUUCCACCGUAAAAUUGGAUUGUCAUAAAAAGAAUCAGUUCUUAGAAAUGACAACGUCUAACAAUAAAAAUAGAUUUCAAUCCACCACACUAUCAGAGACUACCAUUUCAAGGAGUUGUAUUGAUAUCAGUGUUAUAAAGCCCAACAAUGAUGGAUUGAGAAAUAAAAUGAACUAUGAAUCACCAGGAAGAAUCUUUCAAAGAAUGAAAGAAAAAGUACAGUGUGGCAAGCAACGAACGUUGAUAAGCAUUAGUGUGUUGGGACCUCAGAAAUAUGAAUGUAAGGAGAUUGUCACUUCUAACAGGAAUGAGAAAGUACAAUUGCAGCAUACCUACCUCUGUGAGGAAAAAGAAAAUAAAUCAUUCCCAUCCAGUAAUAAUUCAUUAACAGAAGUUCCUCUGGAAUCAUCAAACAUUCCAAGCAAACAAAAUAUUCAACAUCUGCAGGAAAUGAAAGCAAAAAGGCACAAUGUAACUUACGAACUUCCAAUUCUGAACCAAGAACGAGAAAAUCUUUCAGCUUCAGUUGUCUCAAAUAAGGCAUUAACUAGAGCUCAGUUGGCUAAACAAAUUCUUCAUUCAAAAGAGAAUAUGGUUAAGACCACCGUGUCCAGAAAGGACACAUUUAUUUUAGAAGGCAUUGAAUCUACUUAUAAAAAGUUAGAAAGUACUGAUGCUAAGACUCUAAGUAUUGAUUGUGUUCCUGUUAAAAAUCGAAGUCACUCCAUUGUUUCUAAUAGCGAAGUGACAACUGAAGGGACUUCUCAAGAGGAGAUUACAGAACAAAAUGGAAAAACAGUGUCUAGAAGUACUGAUCAUCACGAUUCCAUGGAAGAUACAUGUAAGAUUAUACUCGCAAGUCCAAGACUUCUAACAGUACCUGACAGAUCUCAGAGAAAUAUAACAAAGCCUUCUCCUCCAAAUGUAAUUGAAACUAUUACAAAUGAAGUUAAAAAAUACCAGGUAGUCCAGCUACAGGAAUGGAUGAUUAAAAUCAUCAAUAAUAAUACGGCUAUAUGUGUAGAAGGAAAGCUGGUAAAUAUGAAUAAUAUUUAUUGGCACAGUAAUGUAAUUAUAGAGCGGAUUAAGCACAAUGAACUUAGAACUUUAUCAGGCAACAUUUAUGUAUUAAAAGGAUUGAUAGACCAGAUUUCCAUGAAAGAAGCAGGAUAUCCCUAUUAUCUCACAAGAAAAUUUAUGUUUGGAUUCCCCCAAAACUGGAAGGAGCACAUUGAUAAUUUUCUAGAACAAUUAAGGGAAAGUGAAAAGAACAGGAAUAAGGCCAGACAAAAACAGAGAACUGCAAGAUUUGUUCAUGAUAAACAAAAAUCAGUGAAAAAUGAUGCAGAAGAAAACCAAACAGAUGCCCUCCAAAAGACCUGCACCACUUAUGACCUUAAUUGUGACACCUUGGAAAUGAAAAAAAAGCACAGUGCGUUGCCAGGAGCUGCAGAUGUAACUUUUAGCUAUAGUAAUUGUCAGAAUAGCCCACCAGUAAGGCUCCUACAUGAUCAAGUAAACAAUUCUAUUCAAAAUGGAAGAGAAUAUGACUUACCCAAUCAGGAAUUAAUUGGGAAAAAAGACUACAAAAAAUUGCCUUCAAAGAAACUUGAAAAUUGUGAAGGACUUAAUGAAAAGAUAAUUAAGAGUCAGAAGCAAGGUAAGUGUACCUGUGUCGUGCAAUGCCCAUGGAGGACAGAAGAGGCCGUUGGAUGCCCUGGAACUGGAGACACAACUGAAGAAUCAGAUGUAUCCAUUGAUAUCCUAACCUCACUGGAACAGCAUCCCUCAGAUAAAGGAAGAAAAUACCUGCCUUUCAGUUCAAAAGAAGCUUAUAUUGUAGUAACACCACUUAAAACUAAAAAAAUGAUAGAGCAAAGAUGCAUGGAGUAUAAUCUCUCCACUGCUGCUGUUAAAGCAAUAACAAAUUUCUCAGCACCAAACCAUCAAGAAGAAAGUGAGUCAGAUGCAGAUGAAAUUGUAAGUCCCACCACUAAGUCUAGAGGGGCUUUAGGAAAUACAUUUGAACAUAACAUAUCUUCUAAAAGUAAUACCAAAGAAGAUUGUAAUGACCGUGAUUUACUCAGUAUCAAUCAGAAAGGUAAAAUGCCUAGUCCUAAAAUUGAGCAAAUGGUCACCAAGAACUUUAAGAAAAAUACCAAGUUGUUAUCAAAAUUGAAAAAAACUGAAAAUCCAGUAGCUAUGUCAUCUCAUAAUCAUCAGUUGUCAUCAGAUUUGUCAAGUGAAGAAAGUAAAACAAAUAAAGAAAUUAGAAGUAAGUCUGGGGUUAAUAAAAGCAGAGCAAGAAGUAACAAAGAAAGGGUAGUUCACGUGAGGAAAAACACAAGCAACACCACAAAAGAUAUCCUACUGAUUUCAGAGUCUGAAAGUGAAAGUGAAUUUUAUAUAGCCAAGAAAGCUAGAUCUUCUGCUAAAGAAACUCUUCCAAAAUCUGGUGUUAGGAAGAAUUUCCCAAUUAUUGAGGUAAAGGGAUCUGAUAAAACUGUUACCCAACCUGUAGAACAUCUACCUGGCCUAAUUGAUGAUGAAGCAUGGAAUGAUCAAGAAUUACAGAAACUUCAUUGUGCUUUUACAUCUCUUCCAAAGCACAAACCUGGUUUCUGGUCAGACAUAGCUUUGGCUGUAGGAUCUCGAACUGCUGAGGAAUGCCAGAGCAAGUACAUGGAAGAUUCUCAAGGCAAAGGAUCCCGAAAACAUGUCUCUAAGAAAAAGCAGGCCAAUUCCAAAGUCCGAAAUGGUGAGAAAGACAAUACAGAUGAGAAACAGAUUAAGAUAACUGCUAAAGUGGGAACUCUCAAAAGGAAGCAACAAAUGAGGGAUCUUCUGGAACAGUUGCCAAAAGAUGACCAUGAUGAUUUUUUCAGUACAACACCUUUGCGGAAACAAAGAGUACUGUUGCCAAGUUUUCAGUACAGUCAAGAUGAUGAUUUUCUAUCAAAUAUGGACAAAAAUCCAGCAAGUCCAUCAUCAGUUAUCUUUCCGUUGGCAAAUACUCCACAGUGUCAACAUGUCAGUCCUGGUAUGCUAGCAUCUAUAAAAAGGGAUGACUGUGAUAAAUAUGUUUUUCAUAUGCAAAAAAAUGGUAAAAAAUAUUCCAAAAGUAAAGGUGGCCUAGUCUGGGGCAACAUUAAGAAAAAAAAAGUUGAAACUGGUAUCUCAACUCCAAAACCAAGAAGAAAAGCCCUGUUUAACAAAGAUUUAGAUGAAAACUCUGGUAUGGGAAAACUUUUCACUGAUGUCAUGGAAUCAGAUGAAGAGGAAAAAGAUGAAUAUUUUUCAUAUUCUGACUGAUGAGAAAAUAUGGGUUAUAGAAUCCUUACCAUAAAGUGUGUAUUUAUAUCUUUAUUUGGAUAGGGAUUUGUAAUUAGCUUCAUGGAAAUACUUUUUUUUUCCAAAGGUGCCUUCUGUUUGUAUGCAAGGUAAAAUAUUCUAUAGAGUAUUACUCAUUGCUGCAGCUUACUAAAAAUAAGAUUAAAAUUUUUCCUGUGUAAAUAUUUGUAAAUUUGUUUUUUUAAUAUUAAAGUACAUAAAGUCUUUUAUGAGUGCCUGUUUACUUUAGUAAUCAUGUCUCAAGUAGAUUUUUAAGUGACUUUGUUUUAAUGUGCUACCCUAGGGGAUGAGUGAUAAGGGAGAUGAAAGAGCUUGGAUUGGUGAACACUGCAUUAAUAAAAACUUUAGCAUUUUACCACCUGGUGUUAUAAGCUGCAGUGAGUCCAUUGUUUAAAUUCCAUUAUUGAAACUGAUGUUUUUUAUUUUCUCCUGAUAAUUUUCCUUAAAAUAUACCCUAAGUUGGUCUGUCUGUUAAGUCUGUUUAAAAUUCAUUGCUUUUCUAUUAUAUAAAGUAGAACCAGAAAGCAGGUUGUUAUAUCCUGCAGUUUUAUUCCAUAUAGUUGAAAGAUCCAGGAUUAUAAGGAAUUAGUAUGUCAUAAUAAAUGUCUUUUCUGAUAGUUCCAUUAGAAGUAAACUUUUAUUCUGCCAUUGUUAAAGUUUGACAUGUUAUUUUUCUUCUAGUACACUACACUUAUCUACACUUACCAGUUAAAUUGCUCAAAUAAAAUUUUAAAUUUGUGUAGUACAAAAGGCGGUCUUUUUGAGACAGAUCUCCCUAUAGCCCUAGCCGACCUGUAACUCAAUACAUAGACCAGGAAAGUGAGGCAGGAGGACUGCAACUUUGA